AUGGCCCGGCCACCUCCCUGCUGGCUGUGGGUUUUGGGGACCCUGGCGGGGCUCUCAGCGACCCCAGCCCCCAAGAGCUGUCCAGAGAAGCACUACUUGACUUCAGAAAAAUGGUGCUGCCAGAUGUGCGAGCCAGGAACGUUCCUGGUAAAGGAUUGUGACCAGCACGGAAAGGCUACUCAGUGUGGUGCAUGCACGCCGGGGGUCUCCUUCUCGCCAGACCACCACAACCGGCCCCACUGCGAGAGCUGCCGGCACUGUAACUCUGGUAUUCUCAUCCGAAACUGCACUCUCACCACCAACGCGGAGUGUGCCUGCCCCGAGGGUUGGCAGUGCAGGGACAAGGAGUGUACGGAGUGUGAUGGUCCAGCCCAGACCCCAGGCCCACACCCACUACCCUCGCACUCACCUUACGCUGAAAAGAUACCAGAGGCCUGGACAGGCCGGCACACUCAGACGCUCGCUGACUCCAGGUGGCUGCCUGCCCCAACUCUCUCGACCCACUGGUCACCCCAGAGGUCCCUGUGCAGCGAGGAUUGCAUCCGCAUCUUUGUGCUCCUCUCUGGAAUGUUUCUUGCUUUCACCGUGGUCGGAGCCCUGUUCCUCUAUCAACAAAGAAAAUCUAGAUUAAACACAGGAGAAAGUCCAGUGGCGCCUGCAGAGUCUUGUCCUUACAGCUGCCCCAGGGAGGAAGAGGGCAGUGCCAUCCCCAUUCAGGAGGAUUACAGAAAACCAGAGCCCGCUUCCUACCCCUGAGCCAGCGCUCCGCAGAGGGGGCGCCGUCACUGCAAUCAAGUCCUAGCCUCCAUCUCGCCCCAUCGGCCAUCCAGGGGGAUCGAGAGCUGGCACCUCCAAUUUCAACACCACCCUCUCACCGGGACUCUUUUGUGUGUGCAGACUUGGGAAACUGCCCUGUGUGCCUUUUCGAGACUGGCAAUGGCGAGGAUCCAGGGGAAGGAGGUGGAGGGCGGGAAGCAGGAGCCCGGGCGUGUCAGCUGCACCCCUGUGCUGCCAGAGGGCUGGGGCUCCAGGUGGAAGACAUACUUCCGCCUACGGAAGGCCCCUGUGCUGUAUGUAGCGCUGACCUAGAAGCUUGGCGAAAUAAACGCACGGACCGCAGCGCCGGCAGCUCUCCAGCUG